AUGGCCACCGACUUUAAGAAUAUCGACUGGAAGACGCAGGAGCAGGAGGAUGAGGAGAAUAUGCGCAAGCUGAUCAGCGCGGAUCCAGCCGACGACGAUAAUGCCGCCCUCAUUGAUAUGAACCGCGAGUUCGACCAGACGGACAAGGCGGAUGAUGCUGAAGACUUUGAGGAUAUGAGCGACGAUGAGCUGCCAGAAGAAGAGGAACCCACGGGAAAUGGCGAGGGCGAUCUUCCUGGCCUGACUGAUGAUAUGGGAACCAGCCACGAUACGGAUGAUUUGUUUGGAGAAGACCGCGGGUCUUCCCCCUUCGACUUCGAGGAUCGAGAUGGUUACCAGGCGGAGGGCCUAACAUCUGGUCUCGAUGAUAGAAGCUUGACAUUGCCCUCUGUGGAACCCGAAGUUGAUCUCUAUGAGCUCAACUUCCCCGAGCACUACAGCAACAGGAACCAGGACUCUUCCAUACCAGCUCCAGCGGAGUCUGAAGAGGAGCUUCUGAAGCAACUAUGGCCCACCUUUCGGAAGGGAGUAAUCUUGGACUUCAAUGUCCUCAUGCCCACCAAACCCGCCCACUUCGUGCCUAAGCAACCCGAGAAGCCUCCAAAGCCUGUCAACCCCACCAAGGUCAGCUUGGACAUUGCACAGGAUCAGGAAAAGUCUUUUCGCGCAGCCGGCCCUGCGUUCUCGGACAAGCGCAAGAGGAUACAAGAAGCUGAAGCCAAGGGUCUUGUUGCUAUUGUGAGCGAUGACUCGGAUGCAGGAGACAGUGAAGAUGGCUUAGACUGGUCGGUUCCCGAUCCUUCGGAAAGAUUAGGUGGAGUAUCGUGGACUGACCUGGAAAUCAUCUGUGAGGACUGGGAAUCGAAGAUCAACCCUGUUGUGCCACAGGUUGUCGAGGAGGUUCAUGAUAUGGACCAGUGGGAAAUGGAUGUUUACGGUGACGAUAUUCCACCACCUUCCAAGCGCCAGAAGUCGCAGCACGAGACCGACAUCAUAAACGCACCUAGAUUUGCUGUCCCCUCUUUCGAUAAUUUCGAGGAGGCACUCAAGAAGUCUGCGAAGCGCGUUUAUCUUGACCUUAACGACCCGAUGCUCUUAGUUGACACAUUGGAGUACGUUCCUGCUAAACGUCGUCGAUUGGGUCCGAUGAUGAAAUCUGGGAAGGGCGGCAUCUCUUCGAGCUUAGGCUCAAGAUUCAAUAUCUCAAACGACGAGGCCUACGACGCUUUGAAAGAAAAUCAUCAGAGUAAGGUGCGAGCCACCCUUGGUAAUGUGACAUUGGAGCAUAGUUUGCCAGCGCUCAGAUUACAAUGGCCGUACUACCGGACAAAAUUGUCAAGCAAGGAUGCACGGUCCUUACAUCGACCUUCUCUCAAGUUUACCAAGAUCAUCAAUAUUCCAAUUACCUUCUCCAAGCCACUGAUGCGCAAGAAGAAGCAGGUCAAAAAUCUCGGAGUUCAAGAGUUAUUCAAAGAAACCAAGGAUCUAACUCUUGCGGAUCAUUAUGCUUCGGCCACCCUGUUUGAGUAUUCAGAGGAAAGCCCAAUCAUUCUUUCUGGCUUUGGUAUGGGAAAUCGAGUAAUCAAUUACUACCGACGCAAGGACACUGAGGAUACUGACCGCCCGAUAAUCGAUGAUAAAAUUGGUGAUGUGACGCCUCUGCUACCAGAGGACCGUUCGCCCUUUGCAAAUUUUGGAGAAGUCGCCCCGGGCGAGACUGUUCGAACUCUACAUAACACUAUGUUUCGAGCUCCGAUCUUCAAACAUGAGACCAAGAGUACGGACUUUCUUGUCAUCCGGAGCACCACCGGAGUUGGCGGUAUUAAUUGGUUCAUCCGGAACAUUGACAAUGUUUUUGCGGUUGGCCAGUUGUUUCCAUCUAUGGAAAUCCCAGGACCACAUUCUAGACGUGUGACAAACGCAAUAAAGCUACGGAUGAAAAUGAUCGGGCUUCGAAUGAUGCGACAUAGCCCACAGCAGACACUCAAGAUUGGCGACGUCACUGCCCAUAUCCUUGACAGCAGUGAUAUGCAAAAUAGACAGAAACUCAAAGAGUUCUUCGUCUACGACAAGACCGAGAAGGUGUGGAAGAUGAAAGCUAACGAAGUGCUUCCCGAGGAGAGUGCAAUCCGAGCUCUCAUUAAGCCAGAAGAAGUAUGCGCUCUCCAUGCCAUGGAGGUUGGCGCACAGCACCUAAAGGAUGCUGGCUUUGAAGUUACUGAGGACAAGGACAAAGAUAAAGACAAGAAAGACAAGGAUAAUGAGGAAGAAGAUGAGCCUGGUACUGAGGGUCAUCUGGAAAAGAGUCUCGCGCCAUGGAGAACCAGCAAAGCUUUCCUCGACGCUUCUUCUGGAAAAGCCAUGCUUAAACUACAUGGAGAAGGUGAUCCUUCGGGCAACGGUCUUGCUUUUAGCAUGAUUCGUACUUCUAUGAAGGGCGGAUAUAUUGGCGCGCUUCAAGGUCCAUCCGCGACGUCGGAUGCUGCAAUGAAUCAACAGAAGAAAGCUAAUGGAGGCCACACUUACAACGUCAAAAAGCAGGAAGAGCUUUACCAGGCUAACAUUCACGAUAUUUGGCAAAAGCAGAAGGCAAAUUUGUCGGACCCAGUAGAGCACGAGGAAAACGAUUUGGAGCGGGAGCAGGCUGAGGAGGACGAGAGGCUCGGCGCAAAUCAGACGCCUUAUUCAGCACCAACGCCUGCAUUCGAUGAUAACGCGAGUCUUUAUAGUGGGUACAGCGCUAAUGCCCAUGCUGGACGUGUAAUGCGGAUCACCCGUACGGUGAGAAAUGAACAAGGGAUGAUUGAGAACAUCGUCGAGAUCAUCAAGGAUCCACGAAUCUGGCGCGGAUACCAGAAACGUCGUCACGAGCUUGAUGCACACAAGACAAAUCUAUACGAGGUGAAGCCAACUGGUAAUGCCGAAUGGGACAAACAAGAACACAUUCGCAUGAAAAAAGAGCUCGCUCGGUUGGAACGAAAUAGAGAACGGCGCAAGGCUCGAGAGAAGCAGAAGCGCGGCAAAUCUAUUGGUGCUGAUAUUGCUUCCCCAGUUGCAGAGGGCUCGGCGACACCAGCUGCUGUUGAGAAACCUACAGGAACAACCCGGAAAUGCGCAAAUUGUGGUCAAGCAGGCCACAUCAAAACCAACAAGAAGUACUGUCUCGUCAAUAAUCCUCAUGAUAUAGUCGACAAAGGCGUGGUUCAUCCAAUGGGCAUCACGACUACUACAACUAAACUUUGUCCAUUGCUGAAUGGCACAAUGAAGCCUGAGGAUGGUGCUCCAAACCAUGGGGGUUUUGGUGCUAUUACCGCCCCUUCGUUCCCAUGA